AUGGCACAAACAGCUGGAUUUUCAAUUUUCGGUAAUACCGGCAGACAUCAAGCUGAUGGUAAAUCAAGUAAAUUUAAUUUAAAAACACUUCUUGAUUUUUCAACUUUGCAACCACGGGUUCAAAAUCAUUUAAAAAAUGUCUAUACUUGUUUAUUGGGUGCCACUUUAUGUGCUACACUGGGUGUUUUUCUAUCUUUAAAUGGUUGGCUUAAUUAUCCUCGUUUGGCAGUAUUCGCUUCAAUGGCAACAAGUAUUUGGCUUUUUUCAAUUGAUUUCAAUGCUCGUACACAAAUGAAAUGUUUCGGAUUAAUGUCUGCUACAGCUUUAUUUACUGGUAUCUAUUUAAGUCCAUUGAUUAAUUUGGCUAUUAAUGUCGAUCCACAACUUAUUAUGACAGCAUUUUUACUUACAACAGUCAUAUUUGUUUGUUUUUCGCUAAGUGCCUUAUUAACAAAAAAUCGAACUUAUUUAUAUCUCGGAGGUUUACUGGGUACGGGUACAUCAUUUAUGCUUUUACUUAGUUUGAUGAAUUUAUUUGGACGUUCACAACUUAUUUUCAAUAUUAAUCUAUAUCUUGGCUUGGCUCUUGCUUGUGGAUAUAUCUUAUAUGAUACACAAUUGAUUGUUGAACGAGCUAAUAACGGAGAUAUGAAUUAUGUUAAGCAUGCACUACUUUUAUUUAUUGAUAUGGUCGAUUUAUUCGUUCGAAUACUUAUUAUUUUACUUAAAAAUUCACAAAACAAGGAGAAGAAAAGUAACAAUCGUUAA